AUGCUGGUUAAAUCCGCUCGAGAACAAGACCAUGCUCGACAACUCCGAGAAUGCUUUACAAUUAUCAACAAAUACGGAAUGAAACUCAACCCAGCCAAAUGUUCCUUCGGAGUAGCUUCAGGCGAAUUCCUCGGUUAUCUAGUAACAGAACGGGGAAUCGAAGCGAACCCGAAACAAAUCGCAACCUUCCUCGAGAUGCCGUUUCCUAAGACAACUCGAGAAGUGCAAAGAUUAACCGGACGGAUAGCAGCGUUGAACCGCUUCAUAUCCCGAUCCACAAACAAAUGUUUACCUUUCUACCAGAUCCUGAAAGGAAACAAAAAGUUCUAA